AUGGAGGCAGUCCAACCACCAAGCGGGCCUCUCGCCCAGACGCUGUCCAAGAGCCUUGUCGACGUUCUGGUCCCAUCGCUCCUCGAGCUGGAUAUGCGUGUCUUUCAGCUGCGAAGGUCGCAGAGCGAGCUUGUUCAGGAUAUUGAGCGACUGACGGCAGAACCGGCCGUGGCUCGGCUGAGUCUCGCCCGUAAGCGCCUGUUCGUCGUCAACGGGACCCUGAAACUCGUCCAGACUCGUCUUGAGCGCAUCCAGGCGCUGGCAAUGGGUCUCUCGCCAUCUGACACCCCGGCUUGA